GCACAAGAGCUGCCUCGCGGUAUAAAUCGGACAGCCAUUUCGUGUUGCAAAUCCACCGCGCUCUUCUAGAAACAUCGAAGCUCCACACGCCUCCAUUCGAUUAUGCCUUCUUCUUCCUGCGAAAUCUGAGUCAAUUCGUUAAUGGCUUCCAGAGCGAUUUUCAGGAGGAGCAGAUUGCUCAAGGACUACGUCACUUCCUCCUCCCGCACAACCCAGUGCCUCGCCCAUUUUCACAAUCGGAGCUCCAACGAUGACGACAACAGGUUUCCGAUUUCCAAACCGGAACUCCACCGGCGAUUCGACUCUCUUUCCCAGCCCCCAUUGAGCGUCCGAUGGAUCGCUCACUCCGUCCGUACUGUCACCACCGCCGCCGCGCCCGCCAAACCCUCGCCGGACGAUGACCAAAACAAUGGGAAGAGAAAGCAAGCUUCUCCCGAGGACUGCGAUGAAGCCGUGCAAGGCCUCAGCUCCACUGCCAAGGCCGCCAAGGCCAAAAAGCUCCAGGAUUCUCAAAAGGUUUCCAAAAUGUUGAAGAAAGUCUGGGCCACUUUUCUGGGGAUCGGUCCUGCUCUCAGAGCUGUUGCUUCCAUGAGCAGGGAGGAUUGGGCAAAUAAGCUUACACAUUGGAAGAAGGAGAUUGUUUCAACAUUGCAGCAUUACUGGCUCGGUUUUAAGCUGCUAGGCAAAGAUGUCAAGAUCUGUUCGAGACUGCUGCUUAAGCUUGCCGGUGGCAAGACUCUUUCGAGAAGGGAGAGGCAACAGCUGACGCGUACCACAGCUGAUAUCUUUCGGCUAGUUCCAUUCGCUGUGUUUAUCAUUGUUCCUUUCAUGGAGUUCUUGCUGCCAGUGUUCCUCAAAUUGUUUCCCAACAUGUUGCCUUCGACCUUUCAAGACAAACUGAAGGAAGAGGAAGCAAUGAAAAGGAAGCUAAAGGCAAGAAUAGAGUAUGCUAAGUUCCUUCAAGACACGGCCAAAGAAAUGGCAAAGGAAGUUCAAAACUCAAGGAGCGGAGAAAUCAAACAAACAGCAGAAGAUCUUGAUGAGUUUCUAAACAGGCUGAGAACAGGUGCAGGGGUCUCUAAUGAGGAGAUUUUGGGGUUUGCCAAGCUAUUUAAUGAUGAACUUACCCUUGAUAACAUCAGCAGGCCUCGUUUAGUCAAUAUGUGCAAAUAUAUGGGAAUAAGCCCUUACGGUACAGAUGCAUAUUUGAGAUACAUGCUCCGGAAAAGACUCAGUCGGAUUAAGGCUGAUGAUAAGUUAAUUCAAGCGGAGGGUGUUGAGUCACUUUCAGAAGCUGAACUCCGCGAGGAGUGCAGGGAGCGGGGUAUGCUUGGAUUGCGUUCUGUGGAAGAAAUGCGUCAGCAGCUUCGUGAUUGGUUGGAUUUGUCUCUUAAUCACUCCAUGCCAUCCUCGCUUUUGAUCCUUUCCAGAGCUUUCUAUGUGUCUGGAAAAUUGAAGCCAGAGGAAGCUGUUCGAGCUACACUGACUUCUAUGCCCGAUGAAGUGGUGGAUACUAUUAAUGUUACGUCAUUGCCAUCUGAAGAUUCAGUUUCUGAAAGGAGGAGGAAAUUGGAGUACUUAGAGAUGCAGGAAGAAAUGAUCAAGGAGGAGGAAGAGCGGGAGGAAGAAGAGCUACGCAGAAUGAAGGAAUCUAAGGCUAGUCAAGAAGAUGUGGCGUUGAAAGAGAUGACUGUUCCAACAGCAAGAGAAGCACAAGAGCAAAUCAAGGAAAGGACUCUAGAAAAGCAAGAGCAGCUCUGCGAACUAAGUCGUGCUUUGGCUGUUUUGGCUUCUGCAUCUUCAGUGAGUAGAGAGCGUGAAGAAUUCCUGAGGCUCGUAAGCAAGGAGAUUGAACUUUACAAUAGCAUGGUGGAGAAGGAUGGUCCCGAUAGUGAAAAGGAUGCCUUCAAGGCAUAUAGAGCUGCUGCUCGAGAGGAAACUGAAACUACUGGUGUUGAAGAGGAAGCUGAUCAUGUUUCAUCAGCACUCAUAGAUAAGGUUGAUUCAAUGCUUCAAAAUCUGGAAAAGGAAAUCGAUGAUGUGGAUGCUCAAAUUGGAGACCGCUACCAACUACUUGACAGGGAUUUUGAUGGUAAAGUAACUGCUGAGGAGGUUGCAGCUGCUGCAAACUAUCUGAAGAAUACUUUAGGCAAGGAGGGUGUCCAAGAACUCAUAGGCAACCUCUCAAAAGACAGAGAUGGUAAAAUUCUUGUGGAAGACAUUGUCAAGUUAGGAAGUCGGAGUGAAGAUGCAAACAACCCAGAGGAAGAAGACAGGCGAAUAUAGAAAGUAGCUUUGUCACUUUUUAUGAGUUGUUUUUGUCAUGGCAACAGUGAAUAUGGUUAGCUAUAUACACAAUUGUUUUGAUGAGUCUCGUAGCAAUUCCAGAACAAGAGAAAGAAAAUAGACAAUGCUAGUAGAGCUAUAAAAUCAGGAUCUGUGCAGAUGUAUGAAAGUAGAGAUACUUAUUGGGGCCUCUUUGUUCGGCUUCAUGGAGGUUAUGAAACUAUAUUCUACUUGGCCUAAGAAAUACAUGCCCUGUAAAAGAUGUGGGCUCAUGAACAUGAUAUGGUGAGUCAAUCUUUAAUUGAAAUUGAAGAUGAUUGAUAUGUUAUUAGCUG